UCAAGGUGGCGGACACCCUAACAUAUUGCUACUUCACGAAAACCGCUGAUACGUCACUUUCUGUUUUAAAAACCUGCGGUGUGUACUGGCUAAUUUCGGUGUACGUCAAACAAAGCGCUGUUUUUAUUGGUCAAUAGGGCUGUCGUUAAAACUCAAGAACACCAUUUGGUCCACAGAAGGCAUUGCUGUGUUUGCUACCAGUUAACAGCAGUAACCUAGGCCAUCACAUGGUCGACAACGUUUUGAAAGUCUUGUGGUUCUAACGGCGAACGUUGUAUUGUUAAUGUUCUGAGUCCAAAACAUGGGGGACAACGAAGAAAAAUAUGACGGAAUGUUGCUAGUUAUAGCGCAACAACAUGAAGGCGGAGUACAGGAGUUAGUUAAUACAUUUUUCAGCUUCCUGCGCCGCAAAACGGAUUUCUUCACAGGAGGAGAUUUGGGUGCUCCAGAAAGAUUGGUGAAGGAUGCUUUUGCCCACCACCAAAAUCUGGCAAUGAAGACCCACAAAGAGCGGCAGUUGCAACAGGAGCAGGAAAAGAAACACAAAACAGAACGAGAAGUUAAACUAGCAGAGGAAGAGACGAAGAAAAAGAAUUAUGAAAGUCCUAGAAUUCAAGAACUGACUGAUGAAGAGGCAGUGAAACUUCAGUCUGAAAUUAUCCAGAAAAAGAUGGAACAGAAACAAAUGGAGUGCAAAACUAAUGCAUCAAAGUCAGAAAAGUCAGACUCUGAGGAAGAAGACAAUGAAAAUGACAAAGGCAAACUGAAACCAAAUGCAGGAAAUGGAGCUGACCUGUCCAACUACAAGUGGACACAGACACUGUCUGAAGUUGAUCUGUCAGUGCCUUUUAAUGUGAAGUUUCACAUUAAGGGGAGAGAUUUGGUAGUUGACAUUCAGAGGCGCAGCAUCAAAGUUGGCCUCAAAGGUCACCCACCUGUUAUUGAUGGCCAGCUUUACAAUGAGGUGAAAGUAGAAGAAAGCUCCUGGCUUAUAGAGGAUGGCAAAAUAGUCACCGUACAUUUGGAAAAGAUCAAUAAGAUGGAGUGGUGGAGCAAGAUUGUAAGUACAGAUCCAGAAAUUAACACCAAGAAGAUCUCUCCAGAGAACUCCAAGCUGUCAGAUCUGGAUGGAGACACACGUGGUAUGGUAGAAAAGAUGAUGUUUGACCAAAGACAGAAAUCAAUGGGCCUUCCUACAUCUGAUGAGCAGAAGAAACAAGAUAUUCUUAAAAAGUUCAUGUCUCAGCAUCCUGAGAUGGAUUUCUCUAAAGCCAAGUUCAACUGAGACCUUGUGUCAGCCUCAUCUGCAGAAUGUCACAAUGAACUUGUCUCUUUAAUUUCUUGCUAACGUCCCUUUAAUUUGCAUCAAUGUGUCCUAAAAAUAUUAUAAAUGCUUUUUCUAUAUAUUUUUUUUUAUUCAGUUUUAGUGAACAAUGGAUAAGACGAUAAUGCCAACAUCCUGAUUCCACAUUCUGUUUGGAUUUAUAAAAUGACAUGGAUUACGCAAAUAAAUACAUUGAAAAAUAUCGUUUGAGUCAGUACUAAGUCAACUACUAAACACAACAGAUUAUUUUGUGUUUGCUCUAUAAUGCUAAUGAUCUAAAACAUAUCUUGUCAAAUUGCAUAUCCUAACUUAAACUUAAAAUAUGUGCAUUUGAUAUAUCAUUCGUUAUUUUUGGGCAACCUACAAAAAAACAAGUGCACAUUGUUAAGGGCUAUUUCAAAAAAUAUUGUCUAAAGGAUUUCAUUUUCAAAUAGUUCAUAUAAAUGAUACAGUUCCAGAGAACAACUGUAUGUAUCGAACACCUAAAUUGUACAUGUGAUCCCCCUGCCCCCUGGCUGGCUGCUUUGUUCUGCAUCCGUAAAUAAAGCUUCUUCUGCAUAAUG